GCACCUCCGGAGACACUACCGCAACCUCCAGCGUCUGCAAGUAUUUUUCAGCUCCCCGCUCCAUCGACGUCUUCGGAGGUUGAAGCAACGACGCUGCAGAUAGCUCCCCAGGCGCCUACGCUAUCAUCCACGCCUCCCCUCCAGGAACCUGUCGAAGACCAGCAGCAGGCAGGCUCUGCUCGCAUUAUCGACCGCAGACAGACGUUAUGGGAUUUCCCUGGAAAAGCACAGCUGUACGAGGAGCCCUCGCCUGCAGGCUUGCCUCCGGCGCCGACUACGCCAGUGCCGCUUUCUCCAAAUAAAAUGCCACAGAUGAGCAAGCCCGUGCCGCUGACACUACCUCCUACGCCAACCGCGCGGUGGUUCGAUUCUUCAUCAUUGCCAGGGCCGACCCGGGAGAACUCCUCGUUACUCCUCCGCAAGCAGUCGCUCAACCUGUUCGGCCUACAAAUGCCCGACUCGUCACCAACUGUUUAUGACAUUCUCAGUCCGCUGGCUCUGCCUUCGCCCAAGGCGAAGUCUCCACCUGCCCCGUUUGGGACUCCGAUACCUUCGUCCACAGCGCCCGUUGCUGUGGCUUCGUCGUCCAAGCUGCUCCUCGAUGGCAUGGACGAGGUUACCUCAUCUGCCAAGCCGUCUAAUUCGCCCGUCAAACUGUCAAAGGCGAAGGGUAAGGAAAAGGAGACUGAGCCUAAUCUCAGUUCUAUGGCCCUCAAUUUUUCGCGCAAGAGCUUGAUCGUCAAGAAGUACUUCAAUCGUUGGAUUCAGAGGACGACUGACCGCGCCGCAUACGCUGAGGCUCUGUCUCGCAGCGAUGCUUACCAGGAGAAGGUUCAACGACGCCGUCUAUCGAGCGAUUUUGGUGCGAUUCGGGACAAAGAACGAUCGUCGGAGGCGAAGAAGCGUAGGGCGUCGAUGACGUCCUCGCUGGAAUCUGCCUCGGUGAAGCGGUCGAGGCGGCGCAUCUCCGCUGAAUAUCGUCUGCCUCUAUCAGACGAAGAGCUCGCACGACGCUUGAAAGAGAACCAUGAAGAACACCAAGAGCGCUGGGCGCGAGGCACGUUCCUUGAGAGCGUACGCCACCGUGUGCGCACGGCCACUGCAGACGAGGAGUAUCCGCCCGAGUGGCGUAUAUGGCUCUCGACAAACAUGGUCAACGAUGGCACGGCGAUAUGGCUGGAGAUCAAGUUUGACGUGCCCGAGUCGGGCGAGUGGCAGGCGGAGAGUAUCUUUUCGAUCCCAGUUCUGCCUAAGUACGACAACCCGCCAUCACCCGGUGCGCCUGGGCUUAUCGUGUUCGAGCGCACGCCGAUGGAUGGGGUAGACGAUGUACUCGAGAGGAAAUAUCGCAUUCUAGACGAUUGUGCCCGUCUUCGCGAUAUCAUAGAAGUGUAUAAGAAAGAAUCACAGCCACGCUUCAAGCCCUCUCUCGCAAUCAUCACUUGGGCGGAGAUUGACGGCCUCGAAGCUGCGUCGGACUUUGGUGACAUGGUCCAGGAACUUCGCAAGUCUGGCGCUGUUCGUGAUGUCCAGAGCCUAAUUAUCUCGUCGAGCGCAAUGGGCUUGGACAAAAAGUUCGAAGACCUACUCUGCUGCUUGGACUUGGACGUCGAGGACAAGCUGACGGCAGUCGUGUACUGGGAAGCCCUGACGGACUUGUUUACCGAGCCUCUUCAAACCAUUGCCGCCGACUGGCUGGACAGCUGCUGGGUGAACGACAGGCUCGAUUGGACACGGUAUGGCGUGGUGACGCGCUCCCUCGAAGAUACACUGAAUGUCUUCCUACACGAGUUGCUAUCGCUGCUCGAUGGGCCGGCCGACGUCAAGCUUGAGAUCCCCAUCGAUCUCGACGACUCACCUUACCUCACCGCGGCAUACGCGUCUGGCCCGUAUCUCGACGUAUGCAUUAGGCUGUCAGUCGCUCACGCAGAGGAAGUGCUGGGAGAAGAGCUUGCCGCUGUGUAUGCUAUCCCGCGAAGCGAGCUCGAGGAGUCCCGUCAGCGAUUCGAGAACGUGCUGCAGACGACCUCGGAUCGACUCAGGCAGCUCGCUGUCGCAACUAUGGCACAAAAGAGACCAGCCUCAGAUGAGAGCCUCACUGGAAGUGCUGGCUCCGCUAACAAACGGCUCAAGCUGUCUUUCUCGCCAGAGCCCACCGAGCAAGCUGGCAGUGACGCUUCUGGGGUUGACGGAUUCAUUACACCGCCCCCGCUCAGCACAGCAGUAUCCAUUGCUGCGCUCAGCGAACCCCCAGCGAAGCCUCAGGUCACCAUCGCCAUGCUACGUGCACUUGCGCAGGGCGUGCUGAAGUCGAAGUAAUUGUUCGGACUGGGAACGUUUCCUCAUUUUGUGCUUAUAGCGUUAUCUAUACCAUCAUCUACUGUAGUUGCUUUGCACGUAUUACCCAUUGCUAUCGUCGCUCCGCACCUGUUUCGCAUGUUUC